AUGGAGCUGCUCGCGCGGAUCGUGGGUCCGGUCCAUGCGUUGGCCGUGGGACUGCCUGCUUUGGAGACGUUACUCGAUGCUCUUUCGGCCGGACCAAGUGCCCCGUGGCCCACGCCGCCAGGUCUGCAGGCCGCCGUGGCCAUCUCCAUCGGCUACAUGCUGGUGGACUCGGCUCAACUCCUCCUGCGUUAUGAUGGGGCCAUGGUCAUUCAUCACGCACUGACGCUCUGUGUGGAGGUGCCCUUUGUCUUCGACUUUUAUCCUACCUACAUGACCACCCAUGUGAUGACUAGUGUCUUCAUGUCCACGGAGCUAUCAACCCCCUUCCUCCACUGUAGUUUCAUCCUGAAUCGAUACGGACUGGACCGUGAUAGCACCGGCACGCGAUGGUCGGGACCUGCAUUCCUCUCUCACCUCAUGACUCUUGUGACCUGGUUUUUCACCCGUGUGUUUGCUUUUCUUUGGCUGGGUGUCGCUCUGUACUGCCGACGCGAGGACUUGAGCGCCGCCUGGUUUACCACAACGCAGCCUCUCUGGGCCUCGCGCUUCAAGAUGAUUCACGUCAAUAUCUUCUACGUGCUCCUGACCUUGUUGAACCUCCAAUGGCAAUACAAGUUGAUUCGCCUCUUCCUGCGCGGGCCGCACAAAAAGGGCCGCAAGCGUCAGUGA